AUGACAGACGUGUCGCAUGAGCCCAAGGACGCCCUUGCGCUCCUCGACAAGGCGGCCAGUGAAGGUCCGGGCGAUUUGAACAAGUGGCUGACCGCCGAGGCGCGCAAGCUGCGCACCCUGGGCUCCUCCGGCGAGCCGGCCUCGAAGAGGUCCAAGACUGCUGCCUGA